AAGUAGAAUAUCUGAAGUUCAUAAGUAUACUGGAGUGUAAGUAAAUCAAGUGUGCUAUGGACCAUCUACUUGUGUACAAGAAAGAAUACUAAUUUAAUACUACUUUGGAUUAAAUUGGGACAUUUUUAACUUUAUAUAAAGUUUAUUUCAGUAUAGUGUGAUAAAGUAAUAUGUCAACCAAGUUAUACAUUCAAGUAUGCAGCCAGCAGACUCAUUUAUAUGCUAUAAGUGUAAUAGGUAUAUAUUUGUGGCUCACAUUUUAGUUUGCUGAAGUAUAUGACACAAGUGUACUGUUCUCUUUACUGCCAUUGCACUACUCCCAUUCAAUUCAAUUUAAGCUGAUUUAUAAAGCACUUUAAAAAAACAACACAGUUCACCAAAGUCCUGUACACCACAACCAGAAUCAAAAACAAACAAUACAACAACAACGGCAAAAACCAAUACUUCAAGCUGAGUUAAAAGCCAGUGAUAAAACAGAAGCUUUAAAAGGAGACUGCAAAUGAGAAUGAGCUGUCACCUCUCAACUUCCUCUUCAGUUUCAGGACAACUAACGAAAUCUGAUUUGCUGACCUGGGAGAGAGUGAAGCAGAUCAGACAGAUACAAGGGCAAGGCCACUAGUUACUUAUAAACAUCUAGUCCACAGUUUAGCUUACCUAAGUAUACUUUAACAAAACAUAGUUUUCUGUUAACUGAGACACAAAAUUGAUCGAAAUAUUACUUGAAAAGGGUCUCAGAGCAACAUUAUCUUUUAUCUCAACAAUUACUGUGACAAUUUAUUGUAAAGCAAAGUUUGACAAGCCUGCUGUACUGUCAUGCUGACUCAGUUUGAGCAGAGCUCACCAGAAGAACUGAUCCUAUCUCUUCUGGUCCCUGUUUUGUUUGUUGGCUCAGUUCCCUAUGCAGCCAGUGAGUAAACAGAGAAACAGGCAGGCCCUCAGACUUGCUUUGAGAAUUUCCUGCUUUCAGUUGACAUGUUGCAGAACAGGUUUGUGGUCAUCUCAACCAGCAGUAUCGAGCCAGCUCAGUGUCAGGCUUCGUGGCUCCUCCCAUUUUGCUGAAAGUCUGAAGUGUUGAAUGGAUUUUUUAUCAUUUAAGGGUUUGAAGAAUGGGUCAUUCUGACGGUCAGAGGUGCAGUCCUGUUGGGCAGGCGUUUCCCUUGAUGGCAGUAUUACAUUGGAUUGUGUUGCUGUCCCUGCUGCAGACAGGCCAAUGUUAUGUUCGUAACCAACAAGCACCAGGAGAUCCAGUGUUUUUGGAUGCAGAGUCAGCAACAUCCUUCAUGUCUCGCUCCUUGCUCGCUAACCACUGGGACUUUGAGCUGGUGGUGAAGGGCGACCUGCAGAGGGAAUGCAUAGAUGAAACGUGCAACUAUGAGGAGGCCAGAGAAAUUUUUGAAGAUGAUGAAAAGACAAGAAAGUUUUGGAGUACAUAUGAUAAGAAACCAGCAGAUCCAAGUUCCUCCAACUUGGAUGUUUCUGGGUUGGUGGCAGGAAUCCUGGCCAUAGUAGUGACUGCUGUUAUUGCCACAGUCCUUGGAGUCUACUGCUACAAAAACAAGAAGAAACCCAGGACAAGGUCUGGCCGUACUCCAGUCAGAAUGGGAGCAGAUGGGGCCCCAGUCCCUGAGGUGGUGCCCCUGUCUGGAGUGGUGGUCCCACCUCCACCUUUACCCAGCUACAAUGAAGCUUUGAUCCACAGUGGACAGCAUGAUGCCCCUCCACCACCUUAUUCAGGGGAGGCGCCAUCGGAACCCGCUGAACCAGGAGACGACUAAUGAGAAAGGUGGCCCUGGUGGGAACGUCUUUUUUCUGUGCCUGAUGUCUAACUGAGAGAACUUUAUGCCUUCUGUUUUCUGUUGCUUGUUUGGUCAUGAUGAAUGCGUAUUUAUGGUAAACCACAUCCACCACAGGAUGCUCACACCUGGUUAAACAAUGUGCACACAUGAGAUUCAUGUGCUUUUUUUGAGGUGGGUGGGGUUCACUUUUGGUGGUUCUGCUGUUCACCCCAAGAUGAUUUAUGCAAAAGAACUAAAAAAAGUUGACAUUAUUUUUUACACAGUGCGAUGUUUUAUAAAAAUAAAUGUAGAAGACAUG